AUGCCUCACAUUUCUACGCCGCUGGGUUCAACUGCAUUGGCCGCGUGUGCAAAUAUUCGCUCGGCAGUGCAAGCAGAUGUCUAUUCCCUACCUGCGGCUAUUUUGAGCCCAGAAUAUCUCUACGCCAAAACUCACUAUUGGUCCGCCGCCAACGCAGAUAGAACCCCGGCAUGCGUCGUCUUUCCCACCACUGCAAAAGAAGUCUCGGAAAUUGUUCAGGUUUUGCUUGGGUUCCCAGAUGUCCCGUUUGCGAUUAAAUCCGGAGGACAUAACUCCAACACGGGAUUUGCAAGUACGGACGGAGGGGUACUAAUCUCGUUCAAGAAUUGGAACACCACAACCCUCUCUGACGAUGGAGAAGUAGCCAAUGUUCCUCCUGGAGCACGGUGGGUGAAAGUGAUGACUGAUUUAGAACCACAUGGGAAAGCUGUCGUCGGAGGUCGCAUUGGUGAUGUUGGAGUGGGAUUGCUUCUUGGCGGAGGUCUUAGUUUCCUAAGUACAUCCUACGGGAUGGCUGCAGAUACAGUUGUGGAAUACGAAGUUGUACUUGCCAAUGCUACAAUUAUCAAUGCCAAUGCCAAAAACAAUUCGGACAUUUUCUGGGCGCUGAAAGGGGGUGGAAAUCAGUUCGGGAUCGUCACUAAAUACACUAUGAAAGCAAUCACACUUGGACAGGUUUGGGGAGGGGUGAGAAUAUAUUCAGCUAUUUAUGCGAAGCAAUUGCUUGAAGCAACCCAACACUGGACCGAAAACUUCAACGAUCCCAAAGGCAGCAUCAUUGUGACCGGGGACAUCGCAGCCGAUAGUGUCGUCGACAUCUUUGUUGUUUUUCUGUUCUACGCUGAACCUUCUCCUCCAGUUGGAGUCUUUGACAAAUUUAAUUCUAUACCAUGGAUAAGUGACACAACGAGAACGCAAUCGUUCAGUUCUUUGCUUGAUGGAAACAGCCAAUUGUCAAGUAUCUACGGCCUCCGCUGGUUUGUUCGUGGGGCUACGGUUCCGAAUCUACCAGGACAAAACGGCACAGACCUAUACAUCUCAGCCUACAACCUUUUCAAAAGUUAUCUUACGAACCAAGGUCUCGAAAGACUAAACCAACUAGGUUUCGUCUUCAGCUUGGCUUUUCAACCAUUCCCCUACGUUAUCCCAGCCGCUGGUCUUAUCCAAAACCCAGGAGGCACCCCCAUGAAUUUAGAUGCUGCCAAUGGAGACAAGAUGUUAUUACAGUAUUCGAUUUCCUGGCCUACAAACAUCAGCGACGCGAAAGCGCUUGAGAUUAUAUCCGCACAAACCCCGCUUCUGGAAACACUCCUGGACACGGAGUUUGCAGGGCAGAAAAGCAGUCAUUACGUCGAAGGGAGCGACAACACUGACGAUGGUAAUUCGUGGGUGUUCUUUAAUGAUGCUAUGUAUGACCAAAAUCCGUUACAGAGCUACGGCGGGGAUAGUUACAAUAGGCUAAAGGUAAUCCAGAGGAGGGCUGAUCCGCUGGGAUUCUUUCCUAGUAGAACAGGGGGAUUUAAGUAUAUAUAA